AUGUCCAAGGGUAAGGUAGGCAAGAGCCCCAGAGCGAAGGCGACCUUGAACCCCCCAAAAAUUGCCCAUCCGUCCCAUCGUGCGUGCGUCUUUGACCCCUCCAACCCCCCAGCAACAACAAGGCCCAAGUACCCUGCCCACCUCAUGUUGCAGUCCGAGUACUUUAGUUACAUCAUCAGCUCACUGCCCGCCCGAUCCUCCAUCAACCAGCUGCACCGCACUCUCCCGUCGUCGCUUUCGACUCUCGCUCGACCUUGGAUUGUGUUUCUUACACACAUUCAUCCCCUUCAUCCACGCUUCACACCCACUAGUCCUCGACCCGGAUACUUCUCUCCUGCCACCGGCUGCACUCGCGCGCACCCUCUCGCUCCUCUGGCGCGCAUAUUGACCGAGUCCUCAUCCUGCGCCUACCAGCCUCGACUUGCAUCCGCACGUAUCCAUCCGGCUUUGACUCACGGCUUGGCUUCAGCCUACUUCUGCCUCGCAUCUCUCUCUUUCACACUCUCUCGUAUGACGAUGCUGUGGCGGCGGCCCGCACCCAAACAGCCUGAACUCUUCUCGAGCCUUUCAAUAUCAACCGAACUGGACGAUAACUUGCGCUCCAAGUCGUUCAUAAUCCAAACGCCAGCUCGCUCCAGUCACUGCCUGCGAAGCCAAAGCCCUUUGCUUGUCAGCAGCACACGCCACCAAAACCGUUAUAUUUCUCCAUCCCGUCCAAUCUCCACACUUUUACUUCGGCCCCGAAUGGCGACGGCGACCGCAGAGGCCGACUCCAAAGAGUCCUCUGCUCAUCCUCAUCCUCAACCUCAGCCGCAACCUCAACCGCAGGCCCAGACACAGGCUCAGAACCCCGAUCCAAAGCCAUCCUCCCCUUAUGGUUAUCUCUUUGGCCCAGACAAGGCUCCAACACCGAUUCUCGAUGCUCUUCUUCGCGCUAUCGCCCAACACAUUAUUCGCGAUAUUGGCGAUAGACAUGUUCAAGCCUUGACCCCCCAAAAGCUGGCCGCCUUCUAUAAGGCCGUUGGUGGUAACUAUGACUCCCUAUUUGUCGAUAUGCCAUUUCCCGCCAUAUCCUACAUUUGGCAGGUCACCGGCUGCCAGCACUCCAUGCAGCCCUCCGACAACGACUUCGACGCCCCUUCCGUCCCAGCCUUGACCCUUCGUGGCUUCGUUCGAUGGGAGUCGAUCGAGAUACUGCUGAGCCCCGAGGAACACGUACCUUUCAUCCAGCAGGCCGUCAAGAGCUGGAACCUGAAGCAUCCCGAGACGGGCGAACCCUUCCCCCCAGAUCUACCCGCAGAUGCUCUGCCCAGCGAGCCAGACGCCGGAAUCGAGAAAUGGCACAAGAAAUGCGCUGAAAAACUGAGGAAGGCAGCAGUGCCAGACGAGGAGCCGGCAUCACCAAAGACUGCCCCUGCUCGCCCAGCAGAAAGAGACGAGCCGAGAGUGAAGGCAGCAUACGUGCACGUCCGAAAUCCCUACCCGCCCAAGGGAUCACCGAAGCCCUCACCUCCGCCUCGUGGUCCUCAGGCAGACUACUUCGUUCCGCCAGGCCGACCACCAGUUGCUUACAGCCAUGUUCCUGGGGGUCACGCCGCGAAUCGGUACCCCCCAUCUCGCCUCAAUAUUCCCCAGAGGACCCCAGACCAAGAUCGAUUCCGAGGACAGAACUCUCCUGACGACCGUCGACGCCGUAGCUUUUCCGACUACCCGUCUCCUCCACAGGAUCCGCACGCCAACCCUGAGCACUUGCAUCCCAAUCGACCGCCCAUGCAACCCCGCCGACACAGCCAGCCUCGACAUUAUUCUUCGUCCUCAACGUCUGAUUCCGAGGACGCGGCGAGUCCGCGAUCUAAACGUCGCCCUCAUACACAUCAUUCAAACGAGCCGCCACCACCCGGUUUCCGUCGUAUGGGCGCUCCCUCGAUACCCCAGCCGCCACCUGUCACUCGUGUACAUCGUGCGGAAUUAAGACCAGAGGAUGCAAGGCGUCGUAGUAUUCCAGUCGUAGAUGGCAUCAGGGAAAAAAUCAGCGAGAAAGUGGCGUCCAUUCUUCCCACUGGACGACCACCAGAAAGACAUCGAAGCACCUCCGGUCGUCGAAGCGAUCCACCAUCUCGCCGAAGCCGAGAGCACUUGCCUUCAUCUAGGCUCAACCGCAGUUGGCCCGAUAUUGCAUCGGAGGACUCGGAAGCUUCAGACUCGGAAGAAGAGCGCCGCCGCCGAUUCAAAGCCCGAGAACGUAGGGAACUGGAAGAAAGAGAGCAACGGGAAAGGGAGAGAGCUAGAGAGAGAGAUCGCGGUCGAGAGCGAGACCGUAGACGCGAAAGAGAAAGAGAAAGAGACCGUGACAGAGACCCAGAACGCGAGCGUGACCGUGACCGCGUCGUGAAUUGGGAGAGAGAAGAAGAUAUGGAGGCUCGUAAGCGAAGGGAACGGCCGGUCGUGCGGCCUGAAGCGACACGCCGAACGAGUAGCCAUGCGGAUGUGGACCGCAUGCGAGGAAGGCCUGAGCCUCCAUGGGAUCCUCGGGAUCCCCGCGAUCGGGAACUGAGAGAUGAUAGAGAAAGAAAGCGAUGGAGAGAGCGCGGGGGAAGCCCGGUCAUCUCUGGCGUUGGGGGGCGACAAUACCCAGCUCCGCCGAUACGGAACUAA